GAUCUGAUCUGCCGGGGCCUGGCCAAUCUUCGACUACGGAAGCAGGCGCUGGCUGUACUUGAGGCGUGUGCAUGCCUCGAGCUCACCUCAUUCCGACACCCCAUCCCUUUUCCCAGAGUCGAGAAUCCAUCCCGCCCUCCGCAACCGUGCUAUCGAGCGAGCGAGCAGCCAUGGCAAUGGCAGCAGUUACCGGGACUCGGUGCCUUCUGCCUGUUCCUUCGCUUCGGUCGUCCAAGGCUCGACCCUCAAAUGCCACCUCUCUGAAAGUUAAGCUUCCGCUUGGUGCUCCCGUUGCCAAGUUCGACUUGGCGGACCCUCCUUACCCUCUGGAUGCCUUGGAGCCACACAUGAGCAAGGAGACCCUUGAAUUUCACUGGGGAAAGCACCACCGAGCUUACGUCAACAACUUGAACGGGCAGAUCGAGAACUCUGACUUGGAGAGAAACACUCUUGAAGAGAUUGUCCAGAGCUCUUACAACAAUGGCAACCCUACCCCAGCUUUUAACAACGCCGGCCAGAUUUGGAAUCACGACUUCUUCUGGCAGUCAAUGAAGCCAGGAGGUGGUGGCCCGCCCACCGGUGAGGUCGCAGAGCUCAUCAACAGAGACUUCGGAAGCUACGACAACUUCGUGAAGGAAUUCAAGGCUGGAGGAGCCACCCAAUUCGGUUCUGGAUGGGCCUGGCUUGUGUUGAAGAAUGGCAAGCUCGCCAUUGAAAAGACUCCGAAUGCAGUUACCCCUAUCCUCUGGGGCAGCAUUCCUCUUCUUGUUGUGGACGUCUGGGAGCACGCAUAUUACCUCGACUUUCAGAACCGAAGGCCAGAUUACUUGAGCACCUUUGUGAACGAGCUGAUCAGCUGGGACGCAGUGAACGAGCGUCUCGCCCGAGCCAAGGCUAGCGUAAAUCUCGGCACCCCUUCCAUCCCUGAGCAGUAAGAAAAAUCCGUACUGCGUGAGGGAGAAAUUAUAGCAGCAGAGUGUCAUGUACAACCUACAAAAAUACGAGUGUAAAUCAAACUUUUGAGGCUUUCUAUAUGUAACGAAAUUGAGAAUGCACGUAUGCAAGAUCGUAUUUCGCCAUGGUGUGUUUCCACCAAAUCUCAUGUUUUUGUGUUCAACACUCGAAACUUGGGCAGAAAAAUUGAUAUCAGUGUGAGCAUGGGCACAAGUCGAUCAUAUGGAGAACUUUAAAAGUUUCAACACGUCACAAUGCGGUACAUAUUC